AUGGCCACAGCGGACGAAUACGUGGAAAUCAAAGUGACUCCUCGAGGCUAUCAUAAGCUCGGGGUCUCCAGAAAAGUGGACGCGGCAAGAGCGAAAGCUUCAAUCAUAUUCGGCAAAGACAUGACUGGAGUUUACCCGGUCUUUAUCCAAGCAGCAGCGGGAAGUGACGUCCGAGUACCCAUCAACAACUCGCUCGCAAGAGGCGCCCGCGUCCGCGCCACUGGUCUCAAGAACAACACGCCACUGCUAGCCUUGCCUUUCGUCGCCUACUUCAGACCCGGUGCAUUAGAAGCUGCCAAGAAGCACCUCAACGGCGAUGACAGUGACCUCGACUUCUCGGCCACAGACUGGUCGGUCGAGGCCGCACGACGCACAAAGAAGUGGAAGGAAGGCGGGCCUUGGACACCUCCAGACCAGCUUGCGCACUUCUGUCAGCCACUUCCAGCGAUUUCGCUAAAUGCAAUAUCAUGGGGUGCGAAGGUACCAUAUGACAUAAUCCCUGCAUUUCGAAACCUUGAUAUGGGCGAUAAGUUCCAUGAUCUGGUCUUACAGCUUAGAGCUAGGAUGACUUUCGACUACAUGACAGCUUCACAGCUAACAGUGUAUGCUCUUUGGUGGUGUUACUAUAUCACUAAAAGCGAAGACGACGAGCAGGCGUCUACCGAUACGGACGACGUAGCAGAUACGGUACCAUUAAUUAUCUUUACUAUUCUUAUACCGACGGUACUACGGGAAGCUGAAGAAGACGGUCUCGCAGUAUGGCCAAACCUAAUGCUUGCGGCCGUGACAAGAUCCGCAGUCGACUUCAGUAACGACGAUCAAGAAAGGCUUGAAACCGAGACCACGGCGAUCCAGGACCAGCUAAUGGCCAUUUAUACUUCGAACACACCAGAAGUCUGUGCCGGUCUACUACCUGGAGACCUCAUAGGUACCAAGAACGAAGCUUUUGCAGACGAGCAGCUACGGAAGUCGAAGUGGGCAAACCCAAACUCCCACCAGAUGUCGCAUUACGAAGCAGUCCAGCCUAUGGUAGAUAUGCUCGGUGACAUCAAUACCAUUUACCGCCCACAUCCAAGGUCGAAGAGCACGAGCUUGGAGUUUCGGACAUUGAUCUCAGCGGCAUUGUACCACAGUCACUGGAAGAUUGUCCGCCGCUACCAGACAUUGCCCUCGCUGCAAGCAUUGCAGAACAACAAGUCUGAUAAACACCGGUACACCCAUAUAGCGCUACCAAGCAGCAUGGAAACUCGCCGGGACUACUCUGCCCUUGCAAACAAGCCUAACCAGAACAUCGUCACCAUUCCUGAUUAUGCAGGCAGGGAGCUGUCUUAUGCUGGAUCCGUCGUCGGUCAACGCACCUCAGUGACUUCAAGGAUCGAGGCUGUGCCUCAAAGUCUAUUUAAAGAUGUCAAGGAAGAACCGUUUUCGCAGACGUUGGUCUCCGGCGCUCUCGGCCAGAAAGCAGGCGCAGGCACGGGACAGGCUCCUGGGUUCCGUCCUCCAAAACGGCAAUGCCUGCCUAGAAGCUCUUUGAGCUCGUCGUAUGCGAGGAUAGAACCGAGCACAGAAGUCACUCCGCCCAGCUCGACCACUCCCCAGAACCCAGCCCAGAACCAAGCCCCGGCACCCACUGUAGAAGUCGGCAAGCAAGCACUGGGACAGUGGAUCAGCAAUAUCGCCACACUUCCACGGACCCAAGGCCAUCCACCUACAAGCGACUUUAUUCACAUCGACCAGGUCCUGCCAGAAGCCCUCAAGCUAGGUUGGGCACCUCCGGCUCGAAUCUGCGAAGCUGCCAGAGCACGAGGUCUUCUCGACCCCAGCAACGAAGGCGACCAAGCCAGGCUGGCCUUGCUCGGCUUCGAGAGGCCGAAGCUGAGAACAGCCCCUGUACCGCUUAUAUUUUGCAAAGACGACCUGCACAACCAGCACCUCUUCGAGGACGUAGCACGAGGAGGUCACGACAUCUGCAGGGAACUAUCCCACCGGCCAGGCGAAGGGGUGCUCGCAGCCUUACGGGUCGUCCUCCACAGCUUCACACCACUCACCAAGAAGCUGGCCCACACUCUGCAGUACAUCACGACCGACCCAACGGCAGCGUCAGACAUCAUAGCCCUGCGCUGCUUCGAGGAAGGCCUUUGCGACCUCCUAGGCAUCUGCAACCGCAUCGCGCUCCUGAACAGCGCCUUGGCAGACGCCAGACUUCGCCACCCGUCCGAUCCACGUCAUCAGAUCUCGCCAUCCAUCACAAACAGCCUUGCCGAAUAUCUGGAGGCAGAGUUCGCAGAGAACCUCCCGCCCGAGUUCUACACCCGCGUCGCCUCAUGCCGCCGCUGGACUCUCAGCACCACCCUGCCUAGCAGCAAUGAGCAAGAGGACGAGGGGGAAGAAGGGGAUCACCACCGCACGACGGGGACCACCACCACAGCGGUUGACUUCGUCCGCUGGACCCGCGACUUGCACAAGUUCUGGUACGCCAGUGCCAUCGUGACGGAGCGCUGCUGCGCGGCUAUCAAGCUGGGCUGCCACGAGAUGUUCCUCCCCGCCACACGGGCACGACUGUGGCAAGAGUGGACUCGGCCAUGGGAGGGCAGCAGCGCGGACGGUCCUUGGUGCCUGUACCGCAAGCACGAGAUGUCCGUCCGGAAACAGCAGCAGCAGCAGCUGCAGCAUGCGGCUCUCGCUGCUGCUGCAACGGUGACGGGAGGCUCUACACCACCACCACCACCACCACCACCGCCUCUCACCGCGUCGUCGUCGUCGUCUCUUGAGCCGGCCACGUGUCUGACCCUAGAUACCCUCGGGUACGAGCUUCAUGCUGAGCUCAUCGCCACUGCUAUCAGUGAUAUGCACGGUGAUCAGGACAUUGCUGCGUGGCUGACGCUGCCUUGCGACGUCGGCCGCUCGGUUCAGAUCGAGGCCUCGCCGGCAGCGAUGAGCACGACGCAGGAGGAUGGCUUGUACCUGCACAAGGGUCGGUAUUGGUGCCUUUGA